AUGUCAAUGGCUCUGAGACUGACCAACAAUGGCUCCUGUCCAACCUCCGAGUCACUCUUGGGACCUGCCUCUUUGAAGUCCCCCGCUGAAGAUCAGCCCAAGCAGACGUGCAGUCCCGAGACUAAGUGCGCUCCGCUUCAGUCCGCUCUUUUCGCCAAUGGGUCCAAGAAGGGCAAUGGCGGCUUUGGGUACUGCGAUGUUUCCGACGAGAGCUUCGAAUCGUCCACUCUUGCUCCGUGCACUAGCUGCCUCCAGAGCAACAAGAACGAAGUGUACCUCCUCAACUUCUUGAAUGUUCUUUCCGCUGCUUGCGUGUAUAAACCCGCGGCGGGCGAGCUUCUCGUCCGAAACAGCCUCUUUUCGGCUGACGGCGUCGAGAUUGUUGUUCCCGAAACCGACGCCGAGGACUCUGGAGAAGAAGACCCUGUCGUCACAACUACUACGGAGGAUGACACACCCGCCACUCUCACCGAGACACAAAAAUCGCCAUCAUCGCCGCGGUUGCCGGCACCACUGUGCUCGCGGCGGUGCUGUUCCUCGUCUACUUCCUCCGUCAGCGUGCAGCAGGCUCCCGCGGCCAUGAACCCGUACCCGAUCAUGACGGAUGCGAUGAGUGGAGCCAAGGAUGAUGCCGCGGCCUCCCCAUCCUCGUACUCGACUGUCAGCAGCUUCCAGAGCGCUUGGACCGUGGAUCCCAAGGUGUGCAGCACCGCAACGCUAUCCUGGACCGACGUGGAAGGCGUGAACACGACAAGCUCGGUGCCCGUGCACCCAGCCUACGUCGCCCAGAUUCCCGGCCGCAAGAGCAACAUUUCCGAUAGGGCUGGCAACUUUGUCUAA